AACUGUUUCGUCCUCCAAUGCAAAGUCCCAAACCAUGAAGCCGACGAGAGGACGAUCACGUUCUCCACACGAGCACGAACAUAGCGACGGUCGCUCCUCAUUCGAGUCAUCCCCUCCCCUCCCUACUAUCAGACGAUCAACUGGUGGAGCGUCAACAACACGGCCUCCCACAUACAAACUAAAUGGCCCCGAUGUCCACCACUCAAAUGGCUUCAACGGAUUAAAUUUUUUCCCUGCUAAUCACCUCCAGAAUCUUCCUCAAGGGGGUCCAGCCGACCUUCAGCAUACGCUCGCUCAAUUACUCGCGACGAAUCCUUACCUGGCAUCUCAACUGGCUCAGCUUCCAUCUAUUAUGAAUAUAGGCAUGGGAGCGAAUCAUCCUGCGUUAGGAGGAUUCAGCGGAUCAUUCCCUCCUGCCGGCGCACCAGGGAAUGCAUUAGGUGGUUUACCCCCGUUCGCUGUUCCAGGUUUACACCCACUUUAUUCGACUCCAUUACUUGCGAAUUUCCUUCAUCAUCAACUACAGCAACAGCAACAACAGCAGCAACAGCAACAGCAGCAACAGCAGCAACAGCAGCAACAGCAGCAACAGCAACAGCAAUCUGGCUCGAGUCCUAACCCCAGCGGCAUUGCUGGCGUCGGACCGAAUGUUGGCUUUCCAGCACAGCAGGGGCAGGCAGGAACUGGUGGUUUAUCUUUACAUUCUUUGAUGGGAGAUAGUUCGAGUACGACUUCGAACCUGAUGAACGCCCUUGGAAUCCCUCUCACCAAUCUACCCGCCAAUCAACAACGGCAUCAACAACCAUCAGCAUCCCAUCAUGUUGCGACUGCUAGUACGCCCGGGUCUGUUACUUCAGGUGGAGGUACGCCAUCUAUUUGGCGUCCCCACACGAAACGCGAUUCAGGAGAGAGAGACGACGACGACGAACCACUUCGAUUUCCUGAUCUUGCUCCUGGUGCUUCUACUUCUGGAACUGGUUCUAAUGCGAUUAACUCUUUGUCGUCGGCAUCCACUGCGAGUCAGGGAACAACGUGGCUAGAAUUCUUAAAUGCCAUAAGCAACAGCACAAUCGUCCAAUCUUCUACAAACGCACCUGAUACAGUUCCCCCAUCUUCGACGCAUUCCUCAUCGAACUUGAACCCCAACAUAAACCCAAAUCUAAACCCGAACCCGCUUAGAAGUUCUACACCGACCGUAUCAACCUCAUCGUUCUUACAACCUCCAGGCGCGGGAGCUUCUUCUGGCACGGGAUUAUCUAAUCUGUCCAACCUGCCGGGGCUUAGCGGUUUGGGUUUGGGAGGUUUGGGGGGGUUUGGGUUUAGUCAUCUAGGGAGCGGUGCAGGUGGGACGGGUGUGAUGGGGAUGGGAUUGGGAUUUGGAGGUGAAGAUAGACCUCAUAAGAGAAUGAAAAUCGACCCGGGAUUGGGACAGUUAGAUUUAGAUGGUUCCUUUUAUCAGCCUCCUCAAUACCAACACCAGUCACCUCUGUAUGGGGGACAAGGGCAGGUGCACGGAGGACAGCAUCACCAAUCCGUUCACCCUCACACCCAUCCUCAACAAGCGCCUCCCCCACCUCCCCCACAUCAUGCUUCGCACCGUGAGAGAGGAGAUACGAGGGAAAGUAUGAGCGGUGCAAGUGUUUUGGCGAGUCCACCUGAGGCUGAGCUGGACGCUGAGGCUGAUGGGAGUCAAGCAGGUGGGGAACAUGCGGGCCAUGCGAGGGGUGUCGGGGAGAGGUAUGAGGCGAGUGAGUAGGCAAUGCAUGUUCUAGUUCGGGAGAUGGAAUAGGGUCAAGGGGAUAGGAGCGUAUUUAUUGCACCUUUUCUGAGUGAUGCGUGAUCUCUUUCUGCUUUGUCUCUGUAACAGUGAGAUUCCACAUAGCUUGUUUUCUUGUAUUUUGCCCAGCUAGUAUCGUGUUCUUCCGUUCAUUCGAGUUCGUGUUGUUCUGGCAUUGUUUCAAUCUUCGAGUUUGGGUUAUCCGUCUGCUGGUUCCACGCUGCAUAGUAUUGGGCAAUGUUGCUAUUUGCGUAAUUAGUGCUGGUGACUGUUUCGUUGCCUCUGCUCUCUUGUACUUGAUCUGGAAGAAUAGCCAUUGGCGAAUUGGAUUUAAUUUUGGGGGUCAAAG